AUGUGGAUAGGGCUGCAUCUUCCACCCCCCAACUCCCACGGGCGCGACCCCUCCCUCGGCCACAUCCCCUCCGUCCCCUUUGUCCAGGAGCAGCGCCUGGCCAGGUCUGCCCAGGGCCCCUCUCCGGCAAACGGCGCCCAUCUCCGGCGGUCGGCGACCCCCUUUCCCCCUGCCCUCCUCCUGGCCGUGAGCCACCAAGAAGUGAAUGCCAAUAACCGUGGCAAAGAAGGAACAUUGUCACCACUUGGAUAUGAAAAUGUGGUCAGAAAGUUUUUUGAGCGCACGAGGAGAGAAUAUACCAAAAAGCAAUUCAAGAAUAAGUGGGAUGUGCUGAAAAAAGAGUAUGUUGUUUGGAAGACAUUAACCCAAAAGGCAUCAGGCAUUGGGUUUGAUCCUGUUACCAAGACCAUUGCGGCUAGUGAUGAAUGGUGGGCAAAUGAGAUACAUAGAAAUGAACUUGCCGCCAAGUUUCGAUUUGCUCCACUAGAGGAUGAGAUCAAACUGAGUGCUAUAUUUGAUGAUAUUAGUGUGACAAAUGAGUACGCGAGGGCGGCACCUCCCUCGUCUCAAGUUGAUGCAUCUCAAAUUCACAUUGAUGAUGAUGAUGUGGCUGGUUCAGGAUGUGAAAUAGAUGCUACUUUUGUGACACCUAACAAAGCUAAAGGUCGAAAGAAGAGAUCAUGUCCUUAUUCACCUAGUCCUGCGAUGGUGCAAAAGAUUGCAAAAGAUAGUGAUGAUAGAAUGCAAUUUAAGCGUAUUGCUGACCUUUGGGAAAAGAGGGAGACUAGCCGCAAUUCGGCGACAUCUGAAAUGAAGGAGGAUCCUGUGAGAGAUGAGAUUAAGGAGAUGGAGGACAUGGUGGUGAAUGAUGGAGGUAAACCUGGAAGUGAAGUGUAUUUUCAUGCUCUAGAACUCUUUACGAAGAAGGAACAUCGUGAUGUCUUCAGUGCACUAAAGGAGGAAGAUUCAACUGUGAGGCUUGAAUGGAUCAACAGGGCAUGUGAAACAUUUAUGAAAAAAAAUUAGAACUUAUUUGCUUUGUUGGGAACUCAUUUGUAGUGUUGUGAACUUAUUUGCUUUGUUGUCAACUCAUGUGUAUUGAUUUGAACUAAUUUGUACUGUUGUGAAUCUACUUGCUAUAAAUCUUUGUUGUGAACUUAAUUGUAUUGCUGUGAACCAAUUUGUACUGAUGGAGCUGUGAUUUGUUGUCUUGUGGACAAAUGUUUAUGAUAUUUCUAUUUCUAUAUCACAG